AUGUCUCCUCGAAGGUCUGUUUUGAUGAGAUAUGACCACUUAAAUUUAUGGUUUGACAGUUUAGCCAAGAUGCCCAGUCACUACUGUAGACAGAAAACAAACAGACUUUACCUUGAAGGGCCUUUUAAUUCUAAAAUGGAAAUAUACUCUGCCUAUGUACAAAAAUGUGUUGAAGACUCCAUUAAAAAUCCAUUAAGUAAAAGUAUUUUUUCUACAUUUAUGAAAAAAAGAAAUUUAUCAAUAUUUAAACCAAGGAAAGAUUUAUGUGACGUAUGUUCUAGUUAUAAAGUGAAUCAGGUGAGUAAAAAUGACUAUCAACAGCAUAUUAAAGAAAAAGACAGAGCCCGAGAAGAGCUUACUAAAGAUACGCUUGAUGCUCAUGCAUAUAAAAAAAAUGUAUUUACCAUGGACUUACAGGCAGUCAAGUUAUGCCCAGCAUUAAAUGCCAGUGCACUUUACUACAGUAUGAAGUUGAAAGUACAUAAUUUCACUGUGUAUAAUUUAGCACCAGAACACCAGUGCUCAAACUAUUGGUGGGACGAAUCAGAGGGUGAGUUAGAAGCAUCUGUUUUUGCAUCCCUUAUAACUAAACAUUUAACUCUAAAUUGCAUUAAAGAUUCUACAGCUCAAAAUGACAUAAUACUUUAUUCAGAUGGAUGUGGGUACCAGAAUCGUAAUAGUGUCUUAUCAAACGCUUUACUCCAGUUUGCUAUUAAAAAUAAUAUUACAAUUGAACAAAAGUUUUUGAUUAAAGGACAUACACAGAUGCCCUGUGACAGUGUCCAUAGCAUGAUAGAAAAAGUCAUAAAAAAUAAAGAAAUUUAUUUACCUUCAGAUUAUUUGAAGCUUACCAAGACUGCACGCCAAAACCCCAGUCCGUAUGAAUCAAUUUUGAUGGUUCAUUCAGAUUUUAAAGACUACAAAGAUGUUUUAUUCUAUAAAUCCAUAAGACCAGGAAAAUCAAAAGGAGACCCAGAAGUAAAGGAUAUUAGGGCAUUAAAAUAUGAUCCGAUUUCUCAAAAAAUUUAUUUCAAGUUAAAAUUUGAUGAUGAGUAUCAGGAAAUUCCUCAAUAUAAUCGUUCCAGAAAAAUAAUUGAUUUCAACAAAGAAGCACCAAACCUAUACCAAAGUAGAAAUGUACUAACACUUUCAAAGUGGAAUGAUUUGCAGAAACUAAAAGGUGUUUUGCCAAGAGAUGUGCAUGAUUUCUAUGAUAAUUUACCACACGAGCAACAGUUAAAGGCUCGCAAAACUACAAAAGUUUAA